CUGUUGGCUGGGGACGCCACCGGAUACAGAGAAUCAUGGGAGCGGCCCAUGGGAAAAAGAAAGAAUAUUCUUUCCAGUCAAAACAACACAGCAAAAAGGGGAAGCAUGUUAGUAACGGCUCAGCAUCUAUGUAUUCUGAAAUACAGAGGGAACGGCCUGAACUUGGGAAUAUCAUGGCUCACCCAGAUUACAUUGAUGGAAACCCUGAUCUUAUCAAACCUAAAAAGCUCCUCAAUCCUGUAAGAGCCUCGAAAAGCCACCAAGAACUUCACAGGGAGCUGCUUAUGAACCACAAAAGAGGAGUGGGAGUUGAGAGCAAACCAGAACUGCAGCGAGUCCUGGAGCAUCGGCGACGAAACCAGCUGAUAAGGCAGAGGAAAGAAGAAGAAGAGGCGAAGAAACUGACGUCUCCCUUUGAACAAGAACUUAUGAAGAGGCAGCAGAGGCUGGAUCAGCUGGAGAGAGAAGAAGAGAAGCAAGAAGAAAAUGCACCAGAAUUUAUUAAGGUCAAGGAAAACCUGAGGAGGACAUCAACACUAACCGGGGCAGAGAAGGUUGCGUAGCAUCAGUCGAGAUCUUCUGUUGGUUCAAAUACUUAAACACUGACAUCUCUGUAUAUGGUGGAUAUUCACAGUUAUGUCUUUGGGGCUACUUACUGUUUGUUAAUGCUUGUUCCAGUAGAAAUCCCCAACAUGGGCUUUUUUGUAAUCCCAAAAAAGUAUACAGCCAGAAGGUGGGUGUCUUACACAGGAGAAGUACCCAAACGAGAAAGCGCAAAGGGAGUGGGGGAAUUGUAACUACAAUAUAUACCCUUCCUCUCAAGUAUCUGGACAACAUUAAAGCCCUGUCCACUCCUUAUUAAUCUUUGCCUAACCACCAAAAUGACCUUCCCAGCCCUCUGAUGCCUUUAAGAAACCUUGCACAUGUUUUUUUCCUAGCAACCAUAAGGACUAGACACG